CCUGCCCCCGACCCGCUCCCCUGGCUUCUGCUGUUCGCCUUCAACAUUCCCGUGGCUGUGAGUGCAAGUGCUCGCGGCUACGGCGACGGCUCCGCGGCGGAGAGGCCAAGGCGGCUCACGGCUCCGCUUCGCGCUCGGGUCCGGGUCCCAGUGACGGUUCGGCUGCUCGCUAUGUGACCCCCAGUGACGCCUCGCAGCCUGUCCGCGACGAGUGCGAGUUGUGUGUGGCCGAGUGUCACAGCCAGUGUUCGCGCCCCGCGGAGCGAGCAAGCCCCAAGAGCAAGAGGGGGAGUGAGCGAGCGAGCCGCGGAGCACCGCGGAGCGAGCCAGCGCCCCCCAGGAUGCCCGCGUGAAGCCUCCGCACUUCGGAUACAAUCAGCUGAUCGCCGAGGGACACGCUGACACGCCACCCUGCAGCCAUGGAGGCCAAGGCGGCGGCCGCGAUCAGCGCCACCAAGCAGCGCGGCAAGGACGAGCCGCCCCCGGGGCUGGCCAGCCGAGGGGCGGCUGCCGGCGCUGGGGGCGGCGUAGCGGGUUCUGCCACCGGGGGCGGCGGCCUGUCUGGACGCACCCCGGACGAGGAGGACGAGGGCGACGACGAGUUUGACGAGAACGACCUCAUCUCGGGCGUCAACUACAACACCAUCACGUCGCUCGCCGCCCUCAAGGAGAUCCUCGGCGCGAGCGGCCAGGACAGCGCCGACACGGUGUGGUUCCAGCACUACUUCCUGAACCACGUGACGCGCCUGCCGUCUCGGUCGCAGUACCCCGAGUGGAGGCGGCUGUCGGAGUGCCCCGAGGAGGACGAGGACGAGUCCGCGCCCGCUACUAGCGCGCAGCCGCCGCCCGCGCCCGUGACGAAGCAGCAGCCGCCGCGGACGCUCGUCCCGGAGGCCUCGGCGUCCACCCCGUCGUCGUCUACGUCGCGGGCGCCGCCCACGCUGGCGCAACUGUUCGAGCCGCUGUCCCCGCGCGGGGUGGCCCCCGGCUCCUCCAGGACGUCGCCGUCGCCGCUGCAGUCGCCCCACCUGGACAAGCGCUUCUUCGACCAGUCGCUCAUCGAGAUGAAGUCGCAGGCGUCGUCCUCUUCCACCCUGGACUACGACUCGACGGACGAGCUGUGGGUGCGGCGCACGGACCUGGGCGUCAAAAAGAAGGAGUUGGGCUCGCAGCCGCUGCCGACGAUGCCGUUGGACGACCGAGACGAGUCCGGCGGACACAGGCCUCGCGCAGGCACGUGGGGCAAUGCGGCCGGGCGCGCGGUGGUGCCGUCGGGCUCCAACCCGGGCUCCAACCCCUCGUCGGCGCCGCCGUCCAACCCGCCGUCCAACCCUCCCUCCGGGCCGCCGUCGGCCAAGGGCUCCAAGACGAGCAUCGCCUCGUCCAAGGCCUCCAAGAAGCGGUCGGCGUCGCAGGAGCGGCGGCGGUCCGGCGACGACGUGCUCAUGGCGCAGCAGGCCGUGUUCGCGGCCGCGGCCAAGGCGGCCGUCGCCUCGUCCACCAAGACGUGGACCGCCGCCAUGACCCAGUCGCCCACCAGGAGGCCCACCAUCUUCGAGGCGUUCCGGCCGCGCUCCAAGUCGGACGCCAAGGAGGCCAAGACCAAGGACCCCAAGGAGCACAAGCCCAAGAACGUCAUCUCCCAAAUCAAGAGUGCCAUGCAGCACUCCCUCAUGUCGUCGCCGUCGUCGAGCCGGGGCGGCUCCUCCACGUCGACCAGCGGGUACUCGUCCAACGAGAACACGCUGGCGGGCGCGGACGGGGCGGACGGCGCGGCCGGCAGCAGCAGCAGCGGCGGCAAGUCCAGCAGGCCGAGGGCCGGGUCCGAGUCCUCGUCGGGGAAGAACGCCGUGACCAAGGUCAUGGACAUGUUCCGCUACCGCUCCAACUCGGCCAUCUCCUCUGAGGACAAAAUAAAGAGAGCGGUAGCGCAGCACAGAGCAGUCGCGGCACAGAGUAAGUAUCGCUGCCCGCGGGACACGCUGAGGCUGGUGCCCUGUUAGGCGCCGGCGGGGGUCACGGUAGGGUGGAGUCGGAGCGCCCCGCUUGCUGACCGGGUCGGCCCGGGCCCGGGGUGAGCUGGGCGCGCCGUUACAUUCGGCUGCUAAACAUUUCCAAGUGCGCGUCACUCGCAGCGGCACGUGCUCGUGCGGACUGGAAGUAAAGCACUGGAACUUCCUCAAAGGACGCGCAAAGAGCUGCUCCGAGAAGACAUUCACGAGCGUCUUACUCCAGUGAAAAUGUCGCCCACUUGACAGUGUAUAGCGCCCACCAAAAAUCAAAGUGUACGAAAGGCGCACGCAAAUCUAACUGUAGAACGAGAUGCAAAAACAAACUGACAUCUUGUUCUAAAGUUCGAUUUGCAGGUGAGCGAAUAAAAUGACGCUCUGCACUGCAAAAUGCUUGCAAAGAAUUUUAAAGCAUUGCUUUGCAGUGCAAACACAUCGUUUACUAUGAUUCUGACAGCUUGCGAAGAAUUCUUUGCAAGACAAACUAAUUCUUUGCAACACAAAACUCGAAAACUCUUUGCAAUGUUACAAAGAAUAUAGUUUGCAAGCAUUUUACAGUGUGGUUAAUGUGUGGUAACGUAUUUGCACUGCAGGUGAGCGACUGACAAUUCGUAUUGAGAUAUUAGUCAUUCGUACACUUGCAAAAUAGCGUGAUUAAGCUGUCGUGUAAAUUUACUCGCUCACCUAUGCAAAAUGUGCGACAUUCGUACAUCUGAAUGCUAGUCGUGUUGCUGAUUUGGGAUGGCAUAGCGUGCCGUGCCGUGGCCACGGUCGGAGCUCCAAGAGGGUCCCGUACAGCGAUGCGGACAGCAAUGUUCUUGACUCUGUCCUUGCGGCUGCUUGGACGGGCUCCUCUUGACCCCUUCCACGACGUGCAAAAAGGUGGCGGGUACCGCGUCGUGACCGCCAGGGUCGGGCCCAGGCACAAAAUGCAGAGUGCACACACAGAAAAUAUGGUUUGGAUUAAUAUGGAAAAUUCCUUCAGUUCAAUUGUCUAACAUGAAAGAAGAUUCACCUUACUUAAAGGGUGGCUCCCUUUCCCUUGUUUUAAAGAAUGGUUCUUUACCCUGUGCUAAUUUUCCCCGUAAAGCAACGAAAAAUCAUUUGAUAUAAGAUUGGAAUUCCAUCGAAUCAUCAAUUAAAAACCAACGGAACCGUUUUCUGGGUGCACUGCACGUGACUGUAUAAACCUUCCGAGUGAUUGUGACUGCUUUGUUGUUUUUUGUCGUUUGUAAUUUGAAGCAAUUUCUUUGCAAUACGCACACAUCCUUCUCAAAGGUUUAUCAGAGUACGUUGUGGGCUCGGGGCCCGGUGCCGGAGCGGACACCUGCCACUUUUUUGCCGCCCGGCCCCCUGCUGGCGGCCGCCCCAGCCCGCCCUGCCGCGCGGCUCGUACGAAAACCGCGUCUUCCAUCUCACUCCAUCUCUCGUUAGACUGACGUUUGCGAGAGAGGGGUUGGAGGGGAGGCACUUGACGGUUUUCGAACGUGCCGCGUCUGGCGCGGACGGCUGGCUGCGGCUGCACCCGUGUGCCAUGCUACGUGUGCGACCGCCAUGUGUUCUGU